UGUAUCCGCCACUGCUGGUAGCAGCCUACCGCUUGCCACCCAGAGGCGAUGGUGCUGUCCUUCGAACUACCAAAAGUCCCAUGUUCUGGUCAUCUCUAUUCUCUCUGCAAGUAACGAAUAAUUGGGACUCCCGAUCAUAGAGGUUGCUCCAGAUUCGGGAGAGCUCCUGCGCAUUAGGUUGGCACGUACCUAAAUUUUGGGUUGGCAUUACAGCUUACGAACGCGGAACAAACGACGACGGAGUCACGUAGGUUUUGUUGUUGAAAAAGAUUUGAGCAAUUGUGCGCUUUGCGGUGCGCUCAUAAAGCGCGACGGCUACAUAUCUUUUGUGAGAAUCUCUUUUGGAGGUUAUGAAAGUACGGAAUGUUGAGUACCUGUCAUGAAAUGUGUGUGAUUUGAACGCAAUCGUAGAAAAACCUUAAGAAAAUCUAAAAAGUGAUAUUUGAGAAAUGAGUGUUAUAUUUCGUCGUGCUACUACUUUUAGAACUUUUUUAAAAUAUACUGAUUGUAUUUGUAGCGCAAUCCCCGAAAAUAAAUCAUAUUCCCAACAAACAAAAUCAACCACCAGGACGUUUGCCUUUCAUAGUAAAAAAUGCAUUUUUCUCGUGACUGGUGUUGGAAUAGGUUUGGGGUUAGGUUACUACGUUCUGAAAGAUGUCAAGAAUCAGCGUUUGUUACCACAAGUGGAAGCAGCGAAACUGUCAGAUGGAAGUGGUGGAGAUGGUAUUCCUAAUCUAAGAAACACAUACAAUUUCAUAGCUGACGUUGUAUCAAUUGUUGCACCGUCUGUUGUGUACAUUGAAAUAAAAGAUCACAGAAGGUUGGACUUUUUUACUGGAGAACCUGCAACUGUUUCAAAUGGAUCAGGGUUUAUUGUUAAAGAAAACGGUUUAAUUCUUACCAAUGCCCAUGUAGUGAUAAACAAGCCACAGACGACAGUUUUGGUAAAACUUCAUAAUGGACAAACUUACUCAGGAGUUGUAGAAGACAUAGAUGUAAGGUCUGAUCUAGCCACAGUUAGAAUUAAUUGCAAAAAUUUACCAAUUAUGAAAUUGGGUUCUUCACGACAAUUACGCCCUGGAGAAUGGGUUGUGGCAAUUGGAAGCCCUCUUUCUCUUUCAAAUACGAUAACAACUGGAGUAGUAAGUUCAGUGAAUCGUGGAAGUGAAGAAUUAGGAUUACAAGGGAGAGAUAUGGCCUAUAUCCAGACUGAUGCUUCUAUUACUUUUGGGAAUUCUGGUGGUCCUCUAGUAAACUUAGAUGGAGAAGCCAUAGGGAUUAAUUCUAUGAGAGUUACUCCAGGCAUAUCAUUUGCUAUUCCUAUUGAUUAUGCUAAAGAUUUUUUGAAAAGAAGUGAACAAAAGAAAUUACUUGGUAUGAGUGUUAAAGAAAAGCCUCUGCGACGAUACAUGGGUAUUACAAUGUUAACUCUAACACCAGAAAUUAUUGCUGAGAUGCAAUUAAGGGAUUCUUUUGUGCCAGCAGAUAUUUCACAUGGUGUGAUAGUAUGGAAGGUAGUUGUAGGAUCUCCAGCAUAUAAGGGAGGACUGAGACCUGGUGACAUCAUCACCCAUAUAAAUGGGAAUUUGGUGGAGAACGCCGGCACAAUUUACUCAAGUCUAGAAGGCAGUGGAACUUUAAAUGUCGCUAUCUUGCGUGGUGGACAUCGAUUGACUGUAGUUGUUCUACCUGAGGAGAUAUGAUUGCAAAAAUGAACAAUUUUGCCAUUUGCAUUAUGAAAAUAUUAUAUUCUUUUGUGCAUUUUAUUUAUAUUUCCAUUGUAUAUUUUGUACAGUAUUGCAGUUAAGUUGAUGGGUUAUGUUUGGAUUCAUUGUCUUAUUUUAUUUACAUUAUAACAAUUACAGGUUCAAAACCUAGAUGAAAUAAUUUUCAUGUAUAAAUUACUUGAAAUACAAGACAUUUUUUGUGUUCUGAAAGUGUCACACAAUAGUAUUCCAUAAACUGCAUUAAAAUUUUAAAUUUGUAUUCCUUAGUUGAUGGUUUGGAGGGGAGCUGUGAUAGUAUGUUGAGGAAUCUUGUUAGUAUUUUUAAUGGAAAAUAACAGAGAACUGAAAACUUGCCACUUGUUAAGAAUAACUGCAAACGUGAUGUAAUGUCUUACAUUAUGGAAUAUGUAUGUAACUUUAAAAAUGUUGCUUCAAUAAGUCAAUGAAACAAAUAAUCUUAUUGCAAUAAAGAAUUUGUGAAAUAUUCUUUAUGCCACGAGAAAUAAAAAGAUAUAGUUUUGU